UGGAUCGCAGUUCUUCGCUGAUCCAUCGCUCAAUGGCUACUUGGUGGAUGAUCUUGCUGGUUCUCCAGCUAUGGUGGUGCUCAUGGCUGGAAGCUCGCCCCAUCAAGAACAUUGUGCUGCAGUAUCCAUCGCCACCGCCUCCUGUUACUUACGUCUACUCGUCCCCGCCACCGGAUGGUUACUCGUCUCCAUCGCCACCGCAAACUUCUUGCCCGCCGCCUCCGUCGCCACCAGCGUCGCCAGUUUAUCCACCACCAGCGUCACCACCACCGGAUGGUUACUCGUCUCCAUCGCCACCGUCUUCUUGCCCGCCGCCUCCAUCACCGCCAGUUUAUCCACCACCAGCGUCACCACCACCAGAUGGUUACUCGUCUCCAUCGCCACCGUCUUCUUACCCGCCGCCUCCAUCGCCGCCAGUUUACCCACCACCAUCGGAUGGUUACUCGUCUCCAUCGCCACCGCCAUCGCCACCAGUUUACUCGUCUCCAUCGCCACCGUCUUCUUACCCGCCGCCUCCAUCGCCGCCAGUUUACCCACCACCAGCGUCACCACCAUCGGAUGGUUACUCGUCUCCAUCGCCACCGUCUUCUUGCCCGCCACCUCCAUCGCCACCAGCGUCACCACCACCAACGUCAACACCGUCGCCAGUUUAUCCACCACCAACGUCACCAGUUUGUCCACCACCACCGUCGCCAGCUUAUCCACCGCCAUCGCCACCACCUUGCGAUAGUAAGCCCCCACCAAUGCAGGAGUAUCCACCUCCGCCUUGCGAGGAUCACCAUGCGCCAACAGCACCGGAGUAUCCUCCACCUCCUUGCGAGUGUCACACGCCAACACCACCGGAGUAUCCUCCUCCUCCUCCUCCCAAGGAUUGUCAUACGCCACCACCGCCGGCGCCAUCUCCUUGCAACGAGAGCGCCGAGUAUCCGCCACCAUCUUGCGACGAUUGCAGCUCGCCACCAACAGAGCCGCCUCCAUGCGAGAAAUGCGAGUAUCCUCCUUGUGACGACUGCGGUAAGCUACCAGCAAGCACGAAGGUGACAGACGCGAGGAUACUUGCUGAGAUUCUCAGCGCCGAGUUGCUCUUGUCCGAUCAGUACUCUCGAGCUGCACGCUUCAAGGAUCCGUCCGUGAAGAUGUUGACGUCGGAGUUCCAAUCGCAGCUUAAGUCGCACAUCAGCGUCUUGCAAGGAUUGCUCAAGGACGCCGCUGGAAAGCCUCAAAUUGACGCUGGCAAGGGAGUCUUCACCAAGAUCAUGAACGCUGCUUUCGGAAAGGACCUCGACCCGGCAUUCGAUGCUUACAACACCAGCACGAACUUCCUGCUCGCUGCAUCUGUUACAGCACCCCUGGCAUCCAGCCUCUCGGUCGCCGGCCUCUCACAGUUGCAAGGAGCCGACGCUAAAAAGGCAGUAGCGGGCAUCUCCAGCACCUUGGCCGGCCAAAGCUCCGUCCUCGGAGUCCUCCUCAAGCUCCGCAAGCUCGAGAAGGUCCAGCCAUACGGUCUCACGGUGGGGGAGUUCUCGAGCCAGCUCCAGGAACUCCAGAAGAAGCUGGAGCUCCUCCAUCACGGCCAAGUUGCCGAAGCAGCAUCGUCAUCGCGGAACUCUACGAAUGUCUCGAGUUCCAAAGCAAAAGUCUCUCCUUCCACCGCCCGGGAUCCAAAGCAACAUCCGGAGGAGAUUGCCGCGAUACUGAUGGAGCUCGGUUUUUACGCGCCUGGACAGCAGUGACGAUCACACCAAGUUA